AUGGCGGAGACAGAUAGCAAAGCAUAUGGCAAUGAGGAGACGCGGUGGGUAGGGUGCUUAAGAUUUGAGGAUCUACGUCAUCGUAAAAAGCUUUUAGAUUUGAAGAUUGUGACCUGCGAGCGCCGAGAGAUCAGUGCACACCGCAUUGUGCUGGCGGUGCGAUUUCCUCUCAUUGAGAAGGCGCUGCCUGCUGAAGCGAACAAUUGCCUCUUGUGGACACGUUUCUCUGCGGACAUUGUGGAGGCGGCUCUUUCCUACGCCUACACUGGCGUCGUACAAAUCAACUCAAACAAUGCGUUGUGUCUCUUCCUGCUCGCAGUCAAUCUUGGCUGCGAAAUCAUCAUGGACUGGUGUGUCGAUUUUCUUAGUUCCAGGGUUAACUUGGACAACGUAGCUGAGGUGUGGGCUGUGGCUAACUCCACCCUGCACGAGAAACUCAUGACCCUCUGUCUGCCAGUUAUCAGAGUUCACUUCGAGAAACUCAUAACGAACUCGGUCUUUAGCGCUUUCAUGGAGCCUAAGGGAAUGGCCGCCCUCGUUGCCGACCCUCUUGUCGAGGCGAAGAAAGAGGGGGAAGUAGAGGUGGACAUUCUAAAACAGUGGGCUAUUUGCUGCUGGCUGGACAACUCAUGUCCCGCCAACGCUUCCAAUUAUCGUGUUGAUCAAUUCCAGCGUCUGAUCUCCUAUCUUAACAUGAAAGCACUUCCGCUUGAUAUCCUCAGCUUGCUUCGCGACAUGGCAAUAGAACUCAAUGUCUUAAAUGAACACAGAGAACAGAUUACUAAGGCACUUAAGGAUCAAAGAGGUGUUCUUGCUCCACCCGCUACAUCAUCUUCUCCAUCGCUUUGGAGGAGAGAUCUACUUGCCUAUGGUUCCUUCGAUAAAUCAAGGCAAAAAUGCCUUCUUACGGGCAUCCCCGAGUUAGAAAGCGGCUCUGAUUUUCAGUUUACAUUGCCUUAUCGAGAGGGCUGUGCGGUAGUCUAUAUUCGAAAUUGGGUCUGUGUAAUCGGUGGUGGCAGUCCAGUCGGAUCUUCGGAGGUGGAUGUAUUAAACCUGGACUCUGGCGAACUAACCGAAAGGCCCUAG